AUGCCAAUCAAACUUCCUAAAGGUUUUGCUCGGCGAAAAUCGUCAGGAAAUGCCUUGGAAGAGGGAGAGAAUCCUCCACAAUCUUUCCGAGUGUUUGAACGCCCUUCUGUUGAUAAAAAAUCCUAUAGCGAGGGCAAUCUCUUAGCCAAACGACUAAGUGACGGACAACGGUUUUACCCACCAGCCGAAGAUUCGGACAACAUCUUCGCGGAGGUUGAUAGCCCAAGCCAGAGAAGCCCUGGAGGCUUGCAUGACCGUCCAAAGUCGGCAAGAAUUCACUCGGCAACGCACCGUUUAACGGAUGGCCCUAAUCCAUCUGAUACUCCAGCAUCGCACUCCCGAAACCUGUACGAUAUACCGAUUCCGCCCAUUUCUGGUGCAUUGCGCGCAGCUGGUCGAACAUUCUCUUUUGGUGGCAGAUUUUCCAAGGCUUCAGCACCGACGCCUCCUCCUCAGCCCUCCACCCCAGGUCCCUCUAGAAGUCGGGCAAUGACAGCCAGCACGACCAGCACAGCGACACCUCCGAAACUGCUGGACACAGACCUGCAGAUUGGUCAAGGAGAAGACGAGUUCCACAACAUGUUCGAUGAAGUUGGGAAAGGGGAGGCUUCUCGAGAAAGGUCAGAAGAUAUGUUUUCCCCGUCUUCAGACCUGGUAGGUCGCAAGCAGGCAAAGUCACCGCGUCCCACUCCUAUCAAUACGGACCGAUCGAAGGAAAUCGAGCCCUCGCCCUACUCCUGGGAUAGCCGACACUCGGGGGAAGGGCUUCUAAUGGCGGGCGAUUCACCUCAGGACCGCACUUCAGCAUCACAACAAACACUGAAUUCCCAUCCUGUGUCACCAGAGGACCGUCGGAGAUCCUUGCCCUUGUCGGGCGUAAUGCCGAGGACCACAACUCAUCGUUCACUGGAACAACCUCAGGCUAUACCCGAUAAAGGCUUGAGAAGGAGUGUUCAUUAUACUAGCAAGCGAGCCUCUACGCCCGUUGAAGAUGAAGAUGCCAAGUUGAUCAUAGAGUCUCUAUAUACUAAUAAAAGAAGCUCGCAGGUGUUGUUGACUACUGAACAUGAGGAUUCCGAUGCGGAGCAUGACACUCCCCUCUUCAGCAACAACUAUGCAAGUACUGCGGAUGGUUCAGGCCGUUCAGACGCUAAUCCAAUGGUCUCACACAAAUCGCUCGGUGUGGCCGAGGACCACCCCGAUCCUUCUAUAGCAGCACAUGCAAGAUUGGCUGCGCAGUACGAGGAGAGGCAACCAGCACCAGCAGCAUCGUCGAACAAAGUGAUGACACCUUCACAAUUCGAACAUUACAGACAACAGCAGGAGUUGAGAAGAUCCAACAGCGAUGCGUCUAAGAGUGAAGACUCUGCAGAGAGCGAGUUUGACGAAGAGGAUGAGGCAGAGAAGAAUCGCGAAGUAGAAAGGCAGCGACGGAAGCAGGAGGCCCAUCUUUCGGUGUACCGACAGCAGAUGAUGAAGGUGACCGGCCAAGAGUCCCCAGCGCCAGCGCUUCGCUCAGAGGUUGACCGGGCUAACAACAGUACGCCGAACCUAACUAUCACACCGUUGAAUUCAGGUCAUAGAUCGGGCAGUGGAAAGAGCAGUGAGGGUGAUGAAGACGAGGAAAUCCCCCUGGGGAUCCUGGCAGCACAUGGUUUUCCCAAUAGGAAUCGUCCUCCUAGCCGCCUUGUCCCUUCGAACUCAAUCCCCAAUCUCCGAGCCUCAUUUCAUCAGCCUUAUAUAUCAUCCUCGAGCUCCAUUGCCGAUCAUGAACCCGGUAAUCGUUCUAGUCUCCCUGUUUUCGCCAGAAAUCUUCCACGGGACCCAUACUUUGGGGCGAGUCUAGUCAAUCCUUCUAAUAGGGAAUCUUUGGCCUUCGGGGGUGGUUCUUCAGUUUAUGGAGGCCCAGCAGCUGCCGCAGGACCCUCGCCUGCAUUGCCUCCUGGGGGAUUGUGGCAUUCCCAGGCCCUAUACGAUGAUGAGCAUGAAUCCUCCGAGCUCGCUGGGCCCCCAUCAGGGAUAUCUGCUACAGAGCAAGCACAGAUACAGUUGUCUCAGCAAAUGUCAAGUAUGAUGCAGAUGCAGAUGCAGUGGAUGCAGCAGAUGAUCCAGAUGCAGAGUGGACAGGUUCCACCUCAGCAAUUAGCGCCACCGCCAGGCCCCUCGCCCAUACUGGCGGCUAACGCGAAUAUGAGACCAUCCUCAAUGCCCUCAGCUGGAGGAGUCAACAAUGCUCCUGCUGCUUACCGGAACGAUCAAAGGACACUGAGUAUGCUUGAUCCUAACGUUUCUUCUCGUCUUAAUAGCCCAGCCACGCCAUAUAAUGUGGCAGGUAACCGACCAAGCACGCCAGCAGGGCAAGGCUAUGCUCCAUCCAUUGCUCCAUCAGAACGCAGCAAUGUUGGACUGGCGCCUCGGUAUAGGCCUGUGUCAAUGUUACAGCCAGAGCCCGGACCAGCUGCUUUCCCCUUUAUGUCAAAAUCAUGGAAUGAUGAGAACCAAAAGUCGACGCUCUCUAUACCUUCAGAUAGAUCACUUCAAACCAGACCUACUGAUCAAAUCCCGAGUGGCGAUAAAUCAGCGAUCACUAGCACAACGGGUCAUGGCGCAGGCCCAGAUGAUGAUGACGAUGAAGGCUGGGCAGAAAUGAUGAAGAAACGUGAGAAAAAGCGCAACAAUUGGAAGAUGAAGAAAGAGACGUCGAGUUUUGGAGACCUGUUAAAUGCGGUACAUUGA